GUUGAUUUGAAGCUUGAUUCUGCGUGUCUUUAGAAAAAUGAGCAGGCGAACUUGUUGGAUUUGUAAGAUUUGCAGAGAUGAAUCUAAGAGGCUCCCUUCAAACCUCACUUUGGAGGAAGUGUUGCAGUGGGCCCAGUCUUUUGACAAUCUGAUGGCUACAAAAUAUGGUCCAGUAGUCUAUGCAGCAUAUUUAAAAAUGGAGCACAGUGAUGAGAAUAUUAAAUUCUGGAUGGCAUGUGAAACCUAUAAGAAAAUUGCCUCACGGUGGAGCAGAAUUUCUAGGGCAAAGAAGCUUUAUAAGAUUUACAUCCAGCCACAGUCCCCUAGAGAGAUUAACAUUGACAGUUCGACAAGAGAAACUAUCAUCAGGAACAUUCAAGAACCCACUCAAACAUGUUUUGAAGAGGCUCAAAAAAUAGUGUACAUGCACAUGGAAAGGGAUUCCUAUCCCCGAUUUCUAAAGUCAGAAAUGUACCAGAAACUUUUGAAAACUAUUCAGUCCAGCAACAGUUCCUGA